UUGGAACCAACCGAAUCGGACCGAAUUCACCACUACUUAGAGCAGGCUGCUUGGGCUCCGCCAUGGAUCGCAUGCCCAACACGGUUACCAUAAAUGCAGGACUGAUUCUUGGACAUCGGGUCACUCAACAGAAUCCCGAUUAUUCCCGAGUCAACAAUGUCAUAUCUUCAAUUCUGCCAUUCGUUGACGUGAAGUUUCUUGUCGACGUUCAUAUUCGAGCUUUUGAAGAUCGUUCCACAUGUGGUCGGUAUUUCUACUUCAGUGGGAUAGCUAACUCGGAGAUUGAAGCUAUUAAACUCGCCCAAAGCUUAAGCCCUUUAAUAUCCUUGCCACCUAGGUACGAAUGCCAAGGACGUGAGGUUUAUGCUGAGAGGUUGAGGACCAAGAAGUUAAACAAGCUAUUUGAGGGCAUCACCACCCGCUAGUAAGACCAGGAUUAUUUGUUGGAAAAGGCGGGCUUUUUUUCCAUUUCAUCUUUUUCUUGUCAUCAGUGGAUUGUAGACAAUUAUUGUGACUCCGUUGGGAAUUGGAUUUGAAUGAAGUUUUAUCAGGUUUUCGAGUUUAGUGGAAGUUAAUUUGUUCAAAAUUUGUGAAUGGCUUAGGCACAUGAUUUCCCGAUGACAAUGUCUAUCAAAAGCGGAGCUAUACACCAUUUUGUCCUUCCCUUUUGACCGAUUGAAUUAAUC